CUUAUAUACGCAGUGUUCAACAUGACAGGUAGUACACAGAAAGGUAAACAGAUCAUCAGUAUCAUUUUAAAGAUACUAAUCGUCUUCGGCUUCCUAUACCUGUUCAUCUGUGCACUAGGAUUUCUAGGAAAUGCCUUUAAACUACUGGGGGGGAAGACUGCUGGAAAGGCAUUCCGUGAGAAUGACCUCCUGUCCAACCCCGUGGCUGGUCUCAUGAUAGGUGUCCUAGCUACUGUACUGCUUCAGAGUUCCUCAACCACCACCUCCAUCAUCGUCACCAUGGUUGGAUCCGGAAUUAUUCCAACUAUGACUGCCAUCCCCAUGGUGAUGGGAGCCAAUAUCGGUACCUCUGUUACAAACACACUUGUUGCUCUGGCACAAUUUGGGAAUCGCGAGGAGUUCCGAAGGUCAUUUGCUGGUGCAACAGUCCAUGACAUGUUCAAUUGGAUGACAGUUAUUAUACUACUACCGUUAGAGGUCGCCACCCAUUAUCUCUACAGGCUCACUGGCGUCAUCAUCAACAGUCUGGACCUUUCUAAAUCUUCUGGAAAGAAACGUGACAUCCUGAAAGCUAUUACAAAGCCCUUCACAAACCUCGUUGUAAAGGUAAAUAGCAAAGUCAUUAAGGAAAUUGCCGUGGAGAAGGCUGGGGCGGAGGAAAAGAGUGUCCUCAAGCGGUGGUGUAAGACACUGAGGGUUGAAGUUAAUACAUCAACAGACCAUGGUCCCUACCCCAGAAAUACAAAACUGGGUAAAACACUACGUGAGAAAAAAGCUGAUUUUAAUCAAACCCAAAACGUAUCAGAAAUGGUGGUCAAAUUUGAAACAGUCAAUUUGGAAAGAUGUGAUAAUCUGUUAGCCCUGACAGACCUGGACGACAGCGCCGCUGGUGCCCUCCUCAUGGUGAUAUCCUUUGGCCUUAUCAUCGUCUCCCUCAUCGUCAUCGUCAAACUCCUCAACUCCAUGUUAAAGGGCUCAGUGGCAAAGGUGGUGAAGAAAAGCAUCAACUCGAACUUUCCAGGGAAAUUUUCCUUCCUUACUGGUUACGUGGCGAUCAUGAUAGGAACAGGUAUGACAAUGAUAAUUCAGAGCAGUUCCGUUUUCACCUCAAUCCUCACACCACUUGUCGGUGUGGAGGUAGUCUCGCUGGACCGGAUGUUUCCACUGACGGUUGGGGCAAAUAUUGGCACAACUAUAACAACAAUCAUGGCAUCACUGUCCCUUCCCGCCGAACAGAUCCCACACUCCCUCCAGGUCGGACUCUGUCACCUGUUCUUCAAUGUCUCCGGAGCUGUCCUAUUUUAUCCUGUCCCGUUGAUGAGGAAGAUUCCGAUCGGUUUGGCAAAGAUACUUGGCAAUGUGACGUCACGAUACCGCUGGUUCUCUUUCUUUUAUAUAGUUGUGGCGUUCUUUCUCGUGCCCGGUACUGUAUUGGGGCUGUCCCUGGCAGGAACCAUCGUCCUUCUGGCUGUCGGAAUUCCCCUUCUUACAGCUAUCAUUAUCAUAAUUCUUAUCAAUGUCCUUCAGAGAAAAACGAACAAUUGUUUACCCAGAAUUCUACAAAAUUGGGACUUCCUGCCAGAACCAUUGCACUCCCUGGAUCCACUAGACAGGGUUAUAACUAAGAUUACAUGGGUGUGCAUGUGUUGUAGGAGAAAGGACGAAUCCAUUUACGCCGAGGAGAACAGCCUCCAAGGGAAAUCAAACAGAGGAUUUGAAAUAACCGAAGAACAUCUAUGAUUUGUAUGAGAUGCCCAUUAUGGUGUUAAUCCAAAUAAUCAUUCCAAAUUUUGUACCAGGGUGAUGGUGUUGUGAUUAAAUGUGAUAUAUAAAUAGAUUUACAUUUUUCUCACUAGAAGGUAUACUUAUCGUGCUCGGACGUGUUAAUGUGAAGUACAUGUUUAAUAUGAAAUACAUACCGUUAUCGAUAGGAUGUGGUCAUCAUACUGAAUUCGAUACCCUUGUCGAUAAAAAAUAUUAUAUUAACAAGCGUUUAAAAAAACGGGUAUUUGAUACAUUAUAUGCAGAAAAAUACAUCGCACAUCGUAACAUAUCGUAAUAAGAUGCAAAUAGGCCAUUAAAACGUGACAAUUAGAAGUCAAAGGUUGAAAGUAAGCAUGAUGGUCAGAUGUUGUCUUGACAAUAUAAACAGACUUUUGGUAAUGCCACUCAUCACAAUGAUUGUUGGUUCUAUUGUCACUAACCCUAUUGUUAUUGAGACAUUGGUCACAAAUGCGGUAGGUUACGUCAAACUAGGGUCAAUACGUUAAGUACGGCAAAUUACACCUUACGUCUUCGCUAGCCAAGGCUUCUGAUUACAUCAUACUCCACGCAAUCAGAACCCUUGGCUAGCGAAUAUGGGUAAAUUGAGCAUAGGCGUCUGCGUUGGGUUAGUACAUGCAUUUAUAGGAAAAAAUAUUAGCUCCAACUCCUAUGUAUAGCAGAGAAGGGGGUAAUAUUUGUUUUCAAUGAAUACUAACCAGAUGCAGGCGCCUGAGUUAAAGUACGAUUAGGAUCGCACAACUAUAUUUAACGCUAUAAUAGGGUAAAACCCGAUAAAUUACGUGUAGUUGCAAGUAUAUUGUACGUUCAAAAAUUGUGUUCGUGUCUAGGUAUCUUUUGAAAAUGUUUUUAAAAAAUCGCCACUCACAGCUCUCCCAAGGUUUUACAAAUUAUUUGGAAGUUUAACUAUGUCAAUAUACAGAGGAAAGUUUGUUAAAUUACGCUGAAGUAGGUUAGCAGGGCGCAAGAAUAUGACACUACCUCGAUUUGACAUUUGGCUUCAGUUUAUAUGACAGCUAGUUUUCGUCGAUGAAGCAGAAAACGCUGAUGAAAUACUUACUUACAUUGUUGGAGUAAUGAAAUACUGUGCUGUGCGCAACCGGAAUAGUAAGUCGCAAAGUAUUCAACGAGACCAUUUCAGCGUUUCAGUGAUAACUUUUUCGAAACACCUGGUUAUUAUUUUUUUAUCUAAGUGUUAAUCUGCUUUAGCACCUCUUGUCCAUAAUCUGUAUUGUUUCGUCGAAUUAGAAUUCCGUAUUCGUUUAAUACGUGUCGGCAUCUCCUCGUGCAAUUCAAUACUCUCUGCCAAUGUCUGCAUUCAGGAUCAGCGAUCAGUUUCACGACGCCGUCCUUCCUGUACGGACUGAAGGUUAUUCUGAUAGACGUUCAUGCAGUGUGAUGUCUUACAUUUAGAAGGAAACUUUUAUUAGGUGUGUUCAGAAAUGCAAAAUCGACAUACAAGGGAAUACGAAUUUAGUACACGUAAUAUGAAGACAGUAUAUUAUAUUAUACCGUUGGUUUGUCCUUGUAGGACUCGUCGGUGAAGCUAGGGACCGAUGGUCAAAGGCGCGGAUUCAAUAUUUUUUUGAAAUAUUUAAAUGAGAAUUUAAUUUGGCAUACAGGUUAAGCAUCACGUUCGCCUAUGACUGAAAACUAACAAAUAUACUAUCUGUAUACCUAUGUAGAUGUGGUCAAUGACCAAAUCUAAUGCAUGUAAAUAGCAUUAUUAAGUGGUAUUGAUCAUCUCGCCUAUUACUAGAUAGAAGCGGUAGAAUUCAGUUUGUAAAAGUGACGUUAGUUUUCUUAAAUCAUUCUAGAAUAUUUCAUGAAAUACUAAUAUAACUAGAACUUAAAUUAUAUUCAAUAAUGCUUCGUCACAUUACUCUGGACAUUGAAUAAAAUUCUACAGAAUGUUUAACCAGUAUCUCUUUAAUUCUGUAUACAUAAGAUCUUAAACUUAUAUAACAAAGCAAGUCUACACAGCAAAUCACGUCAGAUAUAUCUAUUGUGUCGGUAAACGUUGUUGUCAUUAUAAUGAAAAUAUUACAUGUUAUACAUGAAAAAACAAACAGAAAUAGAUUAUCUUAAACAAUUGUCCUGUUUUAAGCAGCGUCAAACUGCAUAAGUUGGAUAAAUAUUUACGGUAAUCGGAAUGUAAAUGUAAACAGAUUUGUAUUUCAGUAAAAGUCUGCAUAGUAAGAUUAUCGGAAAUUCAAUAAUAUUCAAUCGGUCUACGGGCCAUGUGAAUUAGUUUUAGUAUUUCAGUAAAUUCUGCAUAUGAACAUUACUGGCAACGUAAAAUGGUGGAAAAUCUUAUUUAAUACAGAUACAUUGUAGUUUAUAAUAUAAUACCAUCAAUUUAAAACUGUUUUUAACUGUUUACCAAUUUGAAUACCAGGGAACAAUUAGACAGCUGGAUCUGGCCUGUUGUAAUCACAUUGUUAUGUUAACAUGCUAUGUACAUAUGUAGGAACUAUGGAACAUUGUACAUAAUAGUUUACGUUAAUGAUAAUUUUUGAAAUUAAAUCUCAAUUGGAAGGUU